UUUUUUUUAACAGUUUUAAGCAGCGGGGUGAAGAGGAGCGAGGGAGACGCGGGGGGAGCCGCGCUGCUGCAGCGGCCGCGGGCAGCGCCUCGAGGAGCGAGGGGCGGCUGCAGCGCGGCGCCGGCCCGCUCUCCCGCGCGUAACUUGCGCCCCGGCGCUGGGGGCUCUUGCCGGCGAUGGAUUGGGGGAGCCGCAGCUCCUGAAGCCCCGGACUUCUCCCCUCCCCCUGCCCCUGCCCGCCUUGCAGGAUCAGUCGCCCCGUAAGACAGACACACGCGCGCACACGGGCCCCCUCCCCCUCCCCCAGUUGUGCAGAGAACUUUUUUUGCUGGGUUUUCUUCUUCUUUUUUUCGGCUUUUUUCUUCUCUGUGUAAAAUGGAGGGAGCCAGCCCGAGGAUGGCUCUGCAGCCGCGGCCGCCCGGCUCCGCACCGCCCAGCCUCUGAGCGAGCGCAGGGGCGCGGGCAGGGGGAGCCCCGCGCCCGCCGGCCCCGCUGCUGCCCCUCGCCGUCCGCGCGGAGCCGCGGAGGGGCCGCGCCGGUGGGCCGAGCGCCGCCGCGGCCGGCUGCGAGCGCGGAGCCCCGCGGCGGCACCACCUGGGCUGGUGGGACGGAUCGGCGCCCGCGGCGCUUUCGCUGCCGCUUGUGAAGAUUUUUAUUUGCUUCCGCACAAUCACGCCCACGGGCGCUGAGUGCGUGUGUUGGGCUGGCUUUUUUUUUUUUGGCUUUUUUUUUUUUUGGCCUCCUUCUUCUUCUUCUGGUGGUGGAGAGCCCUAAUUACUGCGCUUGCUGAUGGACCUUGGAAAGAAGGCUGCCCCGGCGCCCCGCUCCGCAGUCGGACCCGCUCAGCCUGCGCCGGACAGAGCCGCCGCUCGCCCGCCGCCCCCCGCCGGCUCCGCGGCCCCCCGCGCGCCCCCGGCUGCUCGCCGGCCCCCGGCGGCCGCCGCCGUCCGCUGCUGGGCAGGACCCCGCCAGGCGCCUGCGGGCCGGGAUCGUACCGUCGCCUCGCCCUUUCCCCCCCUGCUCCGCUUGGAUUACUUGGCUGCUGCCGCUCGGUGAUCCCGCCGCGAUGGAGAAAUCCACGGCAAUAUUAAUCCAAGGAGGUGCUUUGGGGACAGUUGGCGGUACAAUGGCUUCUCAGUACCUCGUAGUGGCUCUGGCCGUUUUCUGCUCUUUUACCCAGGUUGUAAUAGAAGCCAGCUCUUGGUGGUCUUUAGGGAUGAAUCCUAUGAACCCCAUGAACCCUGUGCAGAUGUCAGAGGUAUAUAUAAUAGGAGCCCAGCCACUAUGUAGCCAGCUAGCAGGGCUUUCCCAAGGACAGAAGAAACUCUGCCAAUUGUAUCAGGACCAUAUGCAGUUCAUUGGAGAGGGUGCAAAGACGGGCAUUAAGGAGUGCCAAUAUCAGUUCAGACAUAGAAGAUGGAAUUGCAGCACUGUGGACAACAACUCUGUUUUUGGCAGAGUCAUGCAGAUAGGCAGCCGGGAGACGGCCUUCACCUACGCGGUGAGCGCGGCCGGCGUGGUCAACGCCAUGAGCCGGGCCUGCCGCGAGGGCGAGCUCUCCUCCUGCGGCUGCAGCCGGGCCGCCCGGCCCAAGGAUUUACCCCGGGACUGGCUUUGGGGCGGCUGCGGCGACAACAUCGAGUACGGGUACCGCUUCGCCAAGGAGUUCGUCGACGCCCGGGAGCGCGAGCGGGUCUACCAGAGAGGCUCCUACGAGAGCGCCCGCAUCAUGAUGAACCUGCACAACAACGAGGCCGGGAGGCGGACUGUGUACAACCUGGCCGACGUGGCCUGCAAGUGCCACGGCGUCUCGGGGUCCUGCAGCCUGAAGACCUGUUGGCUGCAGCUCGCCGACUUCCGCAAGGUGGGCGAUGCCCUGAAGGAGAAAUACGACAGUGCCGCCGCCAUGAAACUCAACAGCCGGGGCAAGCUGGUGCAAGUGAACAGCCGCUUCAACGCGCCCACCAUCCACGACCUGGUCUACAUCGACCCCAGCCCCGACUACUGCGUGCGCAACGAGAGCACCGGCUCCCUGGGCACCCAGGGCCGCCUUUGCAAUAAGACCUCGGAGGGCAUGGACGGCUGCGAACUCAUGUGCUGCGGCCGGGGCUACGACCAGUUCAAGACGGUGCAGCGCGAGCGCUGCCACUGCAAGUUCCACUGGUGCUGCUACGUGAAAUGCAAGUUGUGCACGGAGAUCGUGGACCAGUUCGUGUGCAAAUAGGGGAGGGCCGAGGUGGGAGGAACUGCUGCCGCCUGCCAGCGAGGGGUUGUGGGCCCCUCUCCCCUUCCACAGGACUAUCUCCACUUUAUUUAUAGAGUCCAAGGAGUUGUUGUCUUUUUUUUUUUUUUUUUAAAGGGGGGGGGAUGGGGGGAAGGAAAAAGAAAAAAAAAAGAGAGAAAAAAGAAAAAUAUAAAGGUUGCAAAGAGAAGUGCCUGGAACCCUCUCUGCAUCCAUCCCAGAACUGUGUGUGGCUUAUAUUUUUGGCAAUAAUGGGGGAGAACCUGAGAAUAUUUAUUUUACAAAGUAAAAAAAUUGACUUUUCUUAAAAACAAUAGAGUAGUUUGAGGGGAAAAUCCAACAUAUCCUAAUUUAGUCCCAUGGGACAUAAUACAUGUGCAGUAGGCAGAGAAACCAUGUAAUGUGCUUGGGGAUGUUAGAACAAUCUUACGGAUGUGAGGAGCACGCAGACCUGUGCGUGACUUCUAGCUGCAGACACUAGGAGUUAUCAGAAUAGGGUAUAUAAAGCUGUUCAGUACAUUUAGGCCUCUGUAAAUAAGGGGUGGUAUAUUCACGAGGUUUGUCACGAAGUGCAGUGUCAGUCGCCUAUCUGAAUGUGCCCACUUAAGUACACAAUAUCGUCCGAGGGUAAAGAGCAUAGGAUCAUAAAGGCUUCAGCUGUGCUAGUCGUGAUUCAUUGGGUUUGGUUCCAAAACCUAGCAAAAGCAAAAAGCAAAAAAUACAAUUUGCCCUGGCAGAUACUAGAGGUAUACUUCAAGGCAGAGUGUGUCCUGAUUAGUUUUUCAACUAAUUGUGAUGUUUGGGGGUCUUCUGCUAGAGAUCGCUGCGAGCAGAUGAGGUCUCGAUUGCAGUGGUGCCCCGUAGCCUGGCUGGGGAGGAGUCGCGCGCUUGCCAGCGGUGACAUUGCGUGCCUGCAAACAGUUUUGCUCUCCCAGCCUGGAAAGCCCACAGCAAAUAAAAUCCCCAAAUCUGAAAAUGCCUUAAAAAUGGUGUGAUAGUUGGCUACCUUUUGAAACACAGCUUGACAAAUAACUCCUCUGAUUUUGUGAGAAAAUAAAUCAUUAGAUAUCCACUCUUGGGAUGAUUGAUUCUUUUUUUUUCCCUGCAGAUUUUGGGAAUGCUUUCACUCAAGGAGACAAUAGUUCCAUAUUUUAAUAACAUUAAGUGGCUAUUAUAGUUCAAUGAGAUGUUGCAGCAAUACCAAAUUUAUCAUCCUAUGUCUUUAAUACACAUGCUUUAGUUAAUAUAUUGCAGCUAUACACUAUAACUGUUCAGACUAUACUUGAGCAGUUACAUAUAUAUGGGAAAACUGUGGUCUGCUGGUGUCUGAUAUUUCAAAGCUUUUUGUACAUAUAUAUUUUAAUGAUUUAGAAAAUAAAAUUUCUAAAUUACAGGGGCAGUUCAUCCCCCAUUUUCUUUUUCAGAUCUCUUCAGGUUUUUAGAUUGAUUUUAGCCUUUUGGUGGUUUUAAUUUUUCAAUUCUUUUUAAAAAACUUUUAUAAUUCAAAGGUUUUAAGGAUAAUCACAAAGAAGCAAGCCUCUUCCCAGCUUUAGGACUUUCUUGGGUUGGUGUUGGAGGCAGUACCCUGCACUCGACUUCAUACUGGUUUGGAGAUUGCUUCUAUUUCACUUUCAUGUAAGGGCAUUAUUGAUUAUUGCUGAAAGGAGACACCUUAAAUCCAAAUGUGCUGCAUUCGGCCCUCGGUUUUCAUUGUUUGUAAUGAAAAUUGUUAUUUGUUGAACAAUACGCGUUCCUCCCCCCGGUGCUGUGUAUUUGCACAGCUUCUGGUCAUUGGUUCAGAUGCCUCUUUCCAGCUCACACCCAACCAAUAAGUUAAAGAAAUUGGUUCUACAGAUACAAAAUGAAGAAAAUCUCUCACUUUAGCCUAGUUGUACUAAAGCCUUAACUUUUCACGAGCCUAUAAGCUGUAUCAUAAAGUUCAUCUGAUCAUUUAUCAGCUGCUUAAAUGGCGCUUUAUUGCUCUUAAUUUAUUGUACAAGGACAUAUUUACCCCUCAAUUUCAGAUGUUUGCAAAGAAUAUCUUUAAAGUAAGAAAAAUAAAUAAAGCACUAAUUCAUUGAAUAUGUCACUUUUGGUUUUUAUUAUACAAAAACCAUGGUCAUUUUUUUCGUUUGCUGAAUCACCUCUUGUUCCUUUUUAGUGACUUGUGUCUGAGCAGAACUGAGUCUAAUGAUCCUAGCUAUUAAAACACUAUUUAAUGUAAAAUAUUUUACUUGUCAUUCAGAUAUGUAAAUCUUCUAUGUCCUUUCCUCUGUUCUGUACAUUUAAUGUACAUAUUUCUGUCUUGCGUGAUUUGUAUAUUUCACUGGUUUUUUAAAAAAAGAAAGGAUUAUGCCAUAAUGGAAGAUAGACUAUAAAAAUAAAACUUUGGUUGUAUAUUG